CUUUCUAUCUCGCGCCUUCGCCUCGGAGCAGUCCAUCUUGGCUCUCGCAUCGCUGCAGUCUCCCUCUGCCCGCGCGCCGUCCGUGUUGUUGUAGUAAAUAAUGGCGGCAUCAGGAGGCGGAUUAUCAUCUCCCGCUGCCGUCGCGGGCCUCAGCACCCCGGCACCGGCCCGGGCUCGCUUCCCGGGUCGGCCGUGCUCGGCUCGCAGCAGGCUGCGGUCGGAGAAACGCACCAGACGCGGAAGGUUGGGCUCGGACGAGGGCGAGCUGGCUGCCGUAGGGCCGAGGCCCGUCAACAUCGGCCUGGCGUUGAGCGAGGACCCGUCCCUGCUUCGCCUGCUCGGGGUGACGGAAAAGCACAGUCGGCAGAGAGAUGCGGGCUUCGACUCCAGCAGCAGCGAGGAGGAGGAAGAUUUCACUGGAUUUGGGACCACAACAGUUCGUCCACAGAAACCUUCUGGCACUUUACCACAGUCGUCAUCCAGCCAAGCAAAAUCUCCCCAAGCUUCAGACCGUUCGCCAGAAGCAAAGCCUCUUAUUGGAAAAAUUAUGCCUAAGACCCCAAAACCAGCUCUAAUUGGGAAAAUUGUUCCAAGAGUUCCUAAAGAAGACCAGGGUGGCAAAGAAAUACCAAAGGUGGUAAUUAAACUGCACGGCAAGCAGGUAGCUCUCCCUGCAAAAGCCAAACAAGCAGACAACCAGGCCUCAGGUACACAGAGCAGCGCAACGUCAGCUGACAUUAUCAGGAAAGCAGAAGAAACAGCAGAUUCACACAGCACGCAAAACCAAACCGCCGCUACCUCAGCUGGUGGCACCAAGGAAGAUAAGAACACGAGAACGCAGACAGCAGGUAAGGGCCUAGAAAAACCUGAACGAAGGGUCAAAGAAGAAGGCGAGGUGUCAGAGGGCUCAGACACAGACCAGUCCCAGACACAGAGAUCUGUGAAAGGCAUAAAGGGUUUUCGAAUUGGGAACGCCAGGCGCACAUCCCAAGCAGUCGCUCUGUCGUUUCACAAACGACAGAGGAAGAGAAUAGCGAAAGGCAUGGGUGCCUCUCCAGAGGCUGGAGCUGAGGCUGGUGCUCAGAGCGGAGAAGAGGCAGCGAUGCCUCUUGAGUGUAAAGCCGCAGAUACUUCUGAAAAAAGAGUGCGGAAAAAACAUCAGCGCAGAUCUUUGUUUGGGCACAAGCGGAAGCAAUCAAAAAACGCUCCAACUGUCAAACGUCCAAAACUUGGUCGUAUUCGCACAAGGCGUGUUUUUUACACUUACGUACCAGAACCCAUUCCAGCCCCAGAGACGGAUGGAAAUGAGCCGCAGAUCGAAGAUCAGAAUAUUGCUCUAUCAGAGGGUGAACCCAGGUCAUUUUCCGAGCAGAGCUCCAACAACUCCUCCACCCCUGUAAUGAGCGCACGGUCGUCCCGCGUUAUUAAAGCUCCAAAGAGGUUCUUGGACGAGGAAAUGAUCCCCUUUCCAAAGGGCUCCCUGUCAACAUGGCUCAAAAGUCAACAGAGAGAGGACGGAAAACCGAGCCCAUCGCUUCACGAGUCAGGCUACGAUGGCAACUUGCUGCAGUCAGACAGUGACUCCAUAUCUGUGUUUGACAGCCCUUCUGCUGUGACGAAAAUGUCGUCGAAGCCCAGUCCAGGCACGAGCCACCUGGAGAUCUACAAGAACCUCAAGAAGCUGACCUUAAAGCUGGCCGAGAAAAAGAAAGGGCAAUCUGACAUUCAGGAGGAAUACACAGAUCAAGGCGACAGUCUGGCUUCUCACAGCAAGAAGAGACGGAAGUCCAAGAUCAUGAUGGAAGAGCUGGAUUCUCCAGGUGUUGUGAGGAAACUAGCCGUGGUGGUAAACACUGAUGUGGAGACGCCGUUGCAGGUGCCACCAGAAGACACAGACAAGAAGAACGAAGCAGAAAUCGUGACUGAGGAGAAUCGCGAGGCGUUGGAAGUCAGCGGGCCCAGCCAUCGAAUUGGUCUCAGCGGAGCCAAUAAGAGGAUGCUGCACCUGCUGAAGAAAGCCAAAGUCCAGCUCAUCAAGAUCGAUCAGCAGAAGCAGCUCAAGUUGUCACAGCUGGGUACUAGAGAAACAUGCGUGCCAGUGGCUGGAAGGAGGAGGAGAGUCGGCUUGUCUCCCAAAGAAGUUAGUCCUCAGGAGCAGCCGCUUGGCGGUCCGAGGAUCAAGCAUGUGUGUCGGGCAGCAGCAGUGGCUCUGGGGCAGCCUCGCGCCAUGGUGCCGGAUGACAUUCCCAGACUCAGCGCUCUGCCGCUUCAUGAGAGAGAGGGCAUCACCUGCUCUCCUGCAGCCGAAGAUGUGGCAGAUGAUGACGAUGACAUCUCUGAUAAAGGCAGGGCCCAGUGGAUUGUCUCUCAGGAAAACAUCCAGCGCAGGAGGAGAGGGAGGGGGCGGAGCCACAGGUUCAGAAAGAGGAAGGCGCUGAGUCGGUAUGCACCCGGAGGAGUCCGUUCCCGGCGCUGCGGACACUGCAAAGGCUGUCUGGUGGAAGAGGACUGUGCAAAGUGUAUUAACUGCCUGGAUAAGCCCAAGUUCGGCGGGCCCAACACCAAACGUCAAUGCUGCAUAUAUAAAAGGUGUGAGCGGAUUGAAAAAGCGAAGCUCGAGCGCAUUAUCAGACCGUUGAAAGUCCAUGCGAGGCGCUUGUCAGGCUCCGUGUCAAGCAGCGAUGACACGAACUGGAAGUAUGGCGGCGAAGGAUCGUCCUCGAUGGCACUCGGAGUCAGAAAACAGUCCCUGCGUAACAUCACACCGCGCUCCUACAGCAGCCUACUUAAAUCUGAAUCUGAAGAUGAGGAGGAGGAGGAGGAAGCGGAGGAGGAAGAACAACAGGAAGACAAGGCAGAUAAAUCAACAGUCAAGCCAAAUGUAGCCACUGCUUGCAACCAAGAAGUUGCUGCUCAAGAUGGUGGGUUGCUGCCAGACGACACGCCGACCGAGGCGGUGAAGAAUCGUCGGCCGUUCUCCAGAGGAGCUGGCAGCAGACCAAGACCUUACAAGGCACAGGAGAGCACUGAGGAGAUGGAGUCCAGAGAAACUUACCCAGAACCCAGACCGUCCAGGAGCCCAAUGCCGAAGCUGCAGCGGCAGCUACAAAUACACUUAUACCGUCUGCCUGAUUUUAUCCUGCAGUCUGCUCUGUCGCCCCAGUGUGUGGAUAUUUUAGCCUCGCAUCCACUGUUGUCCCAGCUUGUAACCCAGCCCGCUAUUUCACAUUCACCUGAAAUAAACUGUCCUCCAAAUUUGUCCCAGCCUGAAACGCAUCCUGCUUCUCCACUUACACCUCAUCCCAUAACAGACUCUCAACAGAAAUCUCUGCUGUUACGUUUGCAACGUUUGCCUCGGUCUGUGGUGCAAACAGCCUUGCAUUUGCACAAACCUGAAUCAUCAUCACCAUCACCACCACCACCACCAUCAUCAUCAUCAUCAUCACCUCCUCAACAGCAUCCACAGUCCACACUGCACUCAGCCCUGACAGACAGUUCAUCACAGUUGUGUUCUCAGGGACUACCAGAGUCUGAGGUGCAUCACCCAGACGUUUGGAUGGAGACAAACAGAGAUAGCACAAAGAAAACUGUGCACACAAUUGUGCCAGGGCUUCCUGAGACUGUCAAUCCAGGCAGAGAGUUACAGGAGGGCGCGCAAGAGGAGGAGCGGGAGGACCGACGGGAGGAGCAGCCUGAGGAGGACAAGGAGGACUCUUCAGUAACAGAGACAGUGCUGCAAAACUGUCCAACAACUGACCCACAAUAUGUCCUUCGUUCCCAGAAUCCAGCAGAGUGUACGUCAGUGAACACCCUGACGGGUUUAACUAACGGAUUUCCCCAAAAGGGCCUGUUGCAGAACAAGUACAAGAUCCGUGUAGACUUUAAGGAGGACUGUGCUGUCCAGAACGUAUGGCUGAUGGGUGGCCUCAGCGUUCUCACCUCCGUUCCAACCACUCCGCAGCCCGUCUGUCUGCUCUGCGCCAGUAAAGGCAGACAUGAGAUGAUAUUCUGCCAGAUCUGCUGUGAGCCUUUCCACAAUUUCUGCCUCUCGCCUGAGGAGCGCCCCCUGAUUGAAAACAAGGAGAACUGGUGUUGCAGGCGCUGCAAGUUCUGCAACGUGUGUGGCCGUAGAAGCAAAAGCACAAAGCCUGUGUUGCAGUGCAGAAGAUGCCAAACCUCUUACCACCCUUCUUGCUUGGGACCAACAUACCCGAAACCUAUGAACUGCAGCAUGCCCUGGGUGUGCAUGACGUGCAUACGGUGUAAAAGUUGCGGCGUGACUCCUGGAAAGACGCUGGACUUGGCCUGGAACCACGAGCAGGACCUCUGCCCCGACUGCUCCUCUCUUCACAACAAAGGGAAUUUCUGCACCGUCUGCCACAAAUGUUACGAGGACAGCAGCAGCCAACCGUCACAGAUGAUUCGGUGUUCAGAGUGCAGCCACUGGAUUCAUUACAGCUGUGAAGGACUUUCAGAGGAGCUUUUUGGGCUUCUGUCAAGUCAGCCAGAGAAAGCGGAUUUCACCUGUUCGACCUGCAGCCGGCACCGAGCCGAGCGCAGCAGCUUGAAAGAGGGGCUGCAGAGCAGACUGACGGCCGGGCUGGAGGAGGUGCUCAUCGACCUCCUCUGUUCCAACAGCACCCGACACCUCGUUAUCUGUAAAGCGUGUCAGGAACCCACACAGUUUUUCAAGGGACAGCAACCGGUCUGUGAUCUGCAAGCUGUUGAGAAGAAGUUCAAAAGGGGCGGUUACACCUCAGUCAAAGCCUUUCAUGCGGAUAUCACGUUUGUAAUGAGGCAACGCCUAAAGGAAGAGGAGCUUCUCCCCGAGGAUCAGAGACCGACCAUUCAGUCCAGAGUGCACUAUGACAGAGUGAUGAUGCAAGUUUUCAGUUGGUUUCCUGCACACUACCUAAAGAAGUGGAACUCCUUCUCUGAAGAAUUCCCGAGCGGCAUGCUUCCUGAGGCGGUUCUCCCACCAUCUAAGGAGCACAGUUAUGCACAGUGGCUGGAGAGGACAUACCAGGCCAAGGAGCGCAGGGGCCCACAGACGGGGAAAACUGAGUCUCUGCUGCCCUCAGUCACCGCACAGCAGCCUGGUGCAUCGCACAGCCUCCCUCUGUAUUCAGAUGAGUCGACCAAGACUGAAGACUUGAGGCAGUGUGCCCUGUGCCAGCAAUACGGAGACUCUGUUCCCAGUGAAGCAGGACGGCUCCUGUACUUGGGGCAGAACGAGUGGGCCCAUGUCAACUGCUGUCUGUGGUCUGCAGAGGUUUAUGAGGAGAAUAGUGCUCUUCUGCAGGUGCACAGCGCUGUCUCAAGGGGGCGCCACCUGCGCUGCGAUCGUUGUGGGCAGUCAGGAGCCACGGUGGGCUGCUGUCUCGCCACCUGCCAGAGUAAUUUCCACUUCAUGUGUGGUCGAGCCCAGAACUGUGUGUUCCAGCAGGACAGGAAAGUUUACUGCUACAGACACAGGGAUCUCGUCAGUACAAAGAUCGUGUCUGGGAAAGGGUUUGAAGUCCCUCGGCGGGUAUACGUGGAUUUCGAGGGGAUCAAUCUCAGAAGAAAGUUUCUUACAGGCCUUGAGCCAGAAUCCAUAAACAUGACCAUCGGCUCUCUGCAGAUUCAGAAACUGGGUGUGUUGUCAGAGCUGUCGUCAAACGGGAGGAUGCUGUAUCCUGUUGGUUAUCAAUGUUCUCGGUUGUACUGGAGCACUGUGGACCCUCGCAGGCGCUGCAAAUACACCUGUAAGGUGACAGAAGUGAGCACACCUCUCCCUGGCGAGGAACAGGACCCGAGGUGGGACCAGGAAGAGAACCACACCAUAGUCCACAGUCCCAAACACCACAGAGAUAUGGAGUCACCGGAUCGCCUAAGCUCCUCAUCCAGCCCAAUUAAGUCCACCACCCCAUCACCCAACUCCAAAACGCACAAUACACCUGGAUCUAAGAGUCCUGGUUACACACAAACCAGGAGACCAGCAGGAGGAUCGUCUCGACCUCUCCCAUCUCCAGGAUCUGCUCCUCCCAAAUCACACCACAUCCUGACGCUGAGGGACCUGGAAGACACCCGUCGGCCUCGCAGGCUGUCGUCGAGAAGCCGCUGCAGUUCCUCGCCGACAGAGAGUGACCCGUCUGUACCAAUGACCCUCCGCUCUGGUGGCACCAUCCACUCCAGAUGUGCCCUGUUCAGCUCGCCUCCAAGAUCAUCCACCUUAGGAUCAGCUUCACCUCCUCUCUCACGACAGAACUCGACAUCUCCGGUCUGGAGCUCUCCACCUAGAUCAAACUCCAGCCUUUCUGCAGGCCUGUCACCUCGGCAGGGAGCCAUCACCCACUCGCCCAAAGGAAGGCACAACUUUAAAAUCACCACUCCAAUCUCUGCCGAGGUUCCCCAAGACUUCCUGGCGUCGUCUGAGGCAGAGGAUGCAGCCGUGGCCACAACAAACGGGAUCUCGCUCGCCCCUGAUAACCUGGAGGAGGAAGUAGCCCACCUGAUGUCCCAGGAGCUACCGUACACUGUGUUUGACACCGACACGGAUGUGGCCGUAGCUUCCAUGCUGAAUGCAAAGCUGGAGUUUGACGAGUCCCUGCUCACUGAGAACGUGGCUCUUCACUGUGGAGCACAAGGCAGCAGAGGAGAGGCGGAAGGUGUAGUGCAGGAUGUGGAAAUGCAGGACGAUAAUCAGCAGAAUGACUCUGAAGAUGAAGACUCCAGGCGAUACUUCAAGUUCUCACGCACGGUGGUUUGUGACGCAGCAAGCGGCUCGGACUCCUCAGGUCAGCUCCCGUCGGCGCAGUCCAUCUCACAGCUGGACGGGGCGGAUGGUGGCUCGGACAGCGAAGAGAGCGAGGUGGUCGACGACGAAGCUCAGGACACAGAAGAUGAAGAAGCUCAAAUUCACGCCAAUCAUAGCACACCUACUAAACAACUAACGGUUGCUCUCAAGAGGCUGGAGUCGAUGUACGACACGCAAAAGCCAAACGCUGAUGAAGAAACAACUGAACCAGAGUUUCAGGAAAGUUUUUCACCAUCUGCUUUUCUCGAAUCGGGUUAUUCGAACACUGACCUGUCGGUUCAGGGGGAAGAGGUCCUGGUGACGACUGAAACACCGGCUUCUCAAAAUGACGUGUUUUUGGAUUCAACGACAGGCCAUUUUGUUUCUGCUGAGGACGGUUCCCUAGCGUACCCGAGUAGAAGUGUGGUUGACGACAAAGACGACAGUAGCUCAUCGACUGACUCGGUAGAAGGAUUCAAAGAUGAUUUGACUGAUCCCGAUUACUCCCCAGAGCCUAAAACCAAAAGAUCUCCCACCACGCAGAUGAAAACCAUCGUAGUGAAGACGAAACAUCCCGCGUCCAACCUCAAGCGUCUGUUGCCAAAACCUUCCGGUCUUCCACACCAGCAGCCAAAACUCAAACUGCCUUUACCUCCUCGACACCAGACCGCAAAUAACGUGCCUGUCUCCCCUGCUGCCGCCACUUACUGUGCGGUGCCGCGUCCAGUAACGUCUCCCAUCGUGAUCAACGGUUUAAAUGCUUUACCUAUUCAACCGGGUGCUACACGGGGCAGAACCAUCGCGAUCCGCUUGGACAGCUCUAGAUCAGGAGGUCAGCAGCAGGGGUUGACUCAGAAUCAGGCCGGUGCGGGCAACUCACCCCCGACCCCCUCCCCGCAGGUCCUGCUGGUAAACCGCCAAGGUCAGAUUCUGAUCAAAGACCCAAGAUCCAACACUUACCAGUCGCUCAAUACAAACUCACCUGCCUACAACAAAAUCAGCCAGAUUGCUAAGAUUCUCCACAGCGGCACCGCUCUGCAUCACUCCGUCCCUCGGGUCAUAAUAAAGCCUCGCUCCAGUCCCUCCGCCGCAAACGUCUCCUCUGCUGUUAACCACACAACAACGGAGAAAAAAAUCAUUGUCAGAGUGGUGCCUGUGAAGAGCAGCGCCGCUCCCACAGCUCCCACAACUCCCACAGCUCCCACAGCUGCUGUCGGCGCGCAAACUGGACCCGAAGCCAAUUUCUCAGUCGCUGACGAAACCACAGCCCAGGCUAUCAUCGAGAGAGCGAUGGCGACUCACCGCGACACAGAAAGGACAGCCCCCAUCAUUCUCAGCAACACUCAGCGGCCAAAAGCCCGACAUCGAAGACCUUCCCAGGUUGCCGAUGCAGAAGACUCGGAUCGGUCAUCAGCUGGGUGUUCGGAGUCGCCUGGCGGUUUAGUGAAUGAACAGACGCGCCACCAGGUCAGAGUCAAGAGAGUGUCAUCAGCGUCUGAGAGGCCGUCCAGGAAGAAGUCCAAGAUAGACUUCCUGAAGGAUCCGUCAAGUGAGCAAGAGGAGCUUAAUGACACCAGGUCGAGCGGUGUGAGAAUGAAGGCUCCGUCGUUGAAAGACGUUCUUGACUUGGACCAGGAGAACCAGCCUGAGCCAGAGCCGCUGAGGAUCACCGCUCCACCUCCUCCUACACCCUCCAGGCGUCCUGAGGUUGUGAGUCCACCUGCAUCAGCACAAGCCAACAGUCACAUUCAGGGUAAAACUCACAUGUGGGUCAGCGCUCGCCACGGAGACCUCUCUGAGUGGGGCCCUUAUUCAGGUUUCAGCUCCGAAGAAGACACACCGGCACACAAAUACAGGAAGAGGACGUACAUGAACCAGCCGCACCUGCGCUUUGAAAUCACCAGCGAUGACGGAUUUAGCGUCAAAGCCAACAGCAUAGAGGUCGCCUGGCGCGCCGUGAUUGACGGCGUCCUUGAAGCUCGAGCGGGCUUCCACCUGAAGCAGCUGCCUCUGGGUGGGAUGAGCGGGCCGCGGGUGCUCGGUGUCGUCCACGAUGCCGUCAUCUUCCUGCUGGAGCAGCUGCAGGGUGCCGCCAACUGCAAACACCACCGCUUCCGCUUCCACCGCUGCGAUGACAUUGAGGAAGAGCUUCCCCUCAACCCGAGCGGCUGCGCUCGAGCUGAAGUCUACACGAGGAAAGCAACUUUUGAUAUGUUCAACUUCCUGGCAUCGCAGCACAGAGAGCUCCCAGACAUCGUCGGCCCCUUUGAUGAGGAGGAGGAUGAAUUCCCUCUGAAAUCUUCAAGGCGAGCCACCAGCAGCGAGCUUCCCAUGGCGAUGAGAUUCAGACACCUGGAGAAAAUCUCCAAGGAAGCAGUCGGAGUUUACAGAUCUUUGAUUCAUGGCCGUGGACUUUUCUGCAAGAGGAACAUCGAGGCUGGAGAGAUGGUGAUCGAGUACGCCGGCACAGUCAUCCGCUCUGUCCUGACCGACAAGAGGGAGAAAUACUAUGACAGCAAGGGCAUCGGCUGCUACAUGUUCCGCAUCGACGACUUCGACGUGGUGGACGCCACCAUGCAGGGCAACGCCGCCCGCUUCAUCAACCAUUCGUGCGAGCCCAACUGCUACUCCCGCGUCAUCAACGUGGACGGCCGCAAGCACAUCGUCAUCUUUGCCCUGAGGAAGAUCUACCGCGGCGAGGAGCUCACUUACGACUACAAGUUCCCCAUUGAGGACGAGAGCAGCAAGCUGCACUGCAACUGCGGGGCGAGGCGCUGCCGUCGCUUCCUCAAUUAGCAUCAUCAUCAUCAGCGCGCACACAUCAGAACCACAUGAGCCAUCAUGUUUGAUGCAUUUCAGGUGGAGGAAGAAAGUGACGUAAGAAGGAGGUACACGCAGAAGGUUGGAAGUUUCAGUUUACAGAUGAGUCGAGGUUCGGUUCUGCCCACAGGAACCAGAUAAGAGCCAUAUGUCACAGCUCGGGAUGAAGUCCAGUUCUGCUUUUUCACCGUCUCAUACCAUCCUUCAGUUUAACAGCGUUGACGGCUGCCGCCAGCGGUGCAAACUAAAACCACCCGAUCGCAGUUGUUACUGUGCAGUGUCUUUGUAAAUACAAGGUCACAGAGGAGGAGGAUUUAUUCAGCACCUUACUUUGACACAACCUCCUCCGGCAGGACACCAUUUACUUUUUCUUUUUAUUUCAGAACAAACAGAUUAGAAGCACCUCGGCUACGAUUUAACGUCAUCACAACUCUCGCGAGCAGGGACUCCCGAUACUUUAGGUGACGAUUUAUCCCAACAGGUAGUUUUAUUACCCCAAACUUCUUUUCUUUUUCUGUCCCUCUUUCUCCAAUCAGAUCCGGUUUUUAUUUGUGACGGCAGAGAUCUAAAUGCUUUUAUUACGGUCUUUGCAAUUUUGUGCUGUUUGUGUGUUUUAAGGCCUACGAGGGAGCGUUUCCUCCGUGAACAUAGUGAUCCUUCUCUGCACAAUCCCUCAUCGAUCUUUUUGUAUAUUUGAACAAAACAUGUAUAUUCAACAAACCGAUGGAAAUAAAUGUGUUUUGAGCUUUUAACUUUCUAUUCGUAGGCCGAAUAACGGAAUCCAGCCUGUUGCCAAGUAAUGAUCCUGAUGUUCGUCUGCUGUUUGUUUGUUUUUUUUUGCACCCUCAUGUUCUUGUCUCUCACAGGUGUACUACCUCAAAGGCGUGAUAAAGCAAGAUUAGAUUUAAAUCCAUGUUUGGUGAAAAACUGCUUCCUCUUUUUGUCAUUGUUCUGUUUCAUUACGUCGAACAUCAGCGCUAUAAACAGUGACUAUUAUUGGAAUAGGUGGCCACCUUUCUUUCUGUUUGUUCUUCUGUUUCUGUGCUCAGUGUGCGACCAGCCCAGCUACCGGAUGUACGCUUCAGUCGCUGGACUUGUUCUGUUUUGUAGGACUAAUAAUUGACAAGUCUUUGUUACCUUCUGGACUCGCUAUGGAUCCUGUACAUAGUUGUAUAAAGAAUUUCUAAACCUGUUAAAUAUUUUUUUACCUACAACUUUUUGUUUUUAUUUAUGUUCAAUAAAAAUUUGGUCAAAAUAUG